AUGGAGGAUUUGAGUUCGAGUUCUUACAAUACUGAGAAGGAAGAUUUAGUUAUUCCUGAUCAGGAUAAGUCUAUUACUGUUCAAGAUUUAACUUACAAAAACGAAAGGCUUCAGGAAAUGAACAGUCAACUUCAAUCUUCAUUAGAAACGGUCAAAAAUCAGCUCAAAGAAGCAUUAACAUAUAAGAAUUCGAUAUCAUCGAUGGGACAACAAAUUCAAUCACUCCAAGAAAAAGUAACAGAAACAACAGAGCAAAAUAAGAAAUUAACAAAGCAAUUACAAUUAUUAUCUAACCAAAAGGAAGAGAAUGAAAAAGCAUUAAAAGAAGAGAUUACAAAGGCUAAGAAUCAAUACAACGAAGCAGUUUCUAGCAAUCAAAAACUCAACGAUAAGAAUCUUCGCCUUAGAAAAGAAAGGGAUGAUAUUGUUGCAGAGCUCGGUAAAAAGCAAGAAUUGGCAGAAGCAGUCGGAAUCGAAUUGCAAAAGCUUAUGAAAAAGAAGAAACGAAUUUGUGAUAAAUUAUCAGCAGCAAACACAGCAAAUCAACAACUUAAAGUUUCGAUUACAGAUAAUGAACGUAGAAUACAAAACAUAUCAGCUGAAAAUAAGCUUCUAAAGCAGGAAAUCGACGAUCUUAAGUUACAAGUCGGUACCCAACAAGCUAUUCAAGGCGGUAAUUCUAAUGCUAUUGGACGUCUUAAUGAUGAUCUUAAAGUUAAAAUGGAGAGUAUUUCAGUUCUUGAAGAUACAAUCAAAUCUCAACUUUCUGAAAUCGAGCAAUUAACAGAACAGCGUGAUACUCUUGUUCAGCUCCUUCAGAAAUCACAUUGUGUUUUAUGCAAGACAGAAACAACAACUUUUUCAAUGAAAUCGGAACUUGAUUCUUUGAAAGCAAGACAACAACAGGUUCAAUCGAAGAAUUUCAAGAUGUUCCCAGAGCCAUCAUUCUCUCUUUCCGGCUUAAAUAUUCCAUUUGAAGGAGCUCUUGGAAAUGAAACUCAAAAAAUUGUUAAAUAUGAGCAUUAUCAGCCACAACAACGCAUCCAACUCAUAUUAAAUGAAUCACAAAAGAGAAUUGCUCAAUUAGAAUCAACAGUUUCAGAAUUACAAGAAGAAAAGGCGAAAUUUGAAACAAUUUCAACAGAAUCAGAGAAGAAAGCAGAGAUGAAUCUAGAAUUCCUUAAUGCAAUCAUCAAAGAACUCAAGAACCUUGCAUCAAAUGAAACACAACUCUCAAGAACAUCAGGAAUCAAAGAAGACAGAAGUUUCAUUUCUUUUGUUGCCCAAAAAUGUUCUGAAGUUGAUCCUCUCAUCAAAGAGAUUGCAGCAAGUAACUCUAAAUACAUUCCUUCAUACUUCUUCUUCGCUGAUGACCAAGAACAAAGAAUUGCAACCCUUCAAAGACUUUUGAGUCCAAAUGAAGAAACAAUGUCACUUUUCAUGACACAAUUCUUGUUAAAUAUCCAACUUAGAAGGCAAUUAAACAAAGCAACAAUUGCUGCAGAACAAGCACAUGAAUUCCAGCCAAUCAUUGAAUCCCUUGGUGUCCAGAAAGCUGAUGAAAUUCCAUUGUUAAUUGAUGACUACAAAGAACAGAUUGAAAAACUUUCUACAGCAAGAACACAACUCAGAAAGAGUCUAAAACAGUCUCAAGCAGCUUUAUUGCAACAGAACAAAGCAGACAACACAUGCCAAGUUGCAUUAGAAAAGCUGCAAUUGCAAGUUGACACACUUUCAAAUGAAAGAGAAAUUUUGGAAGUGAAAGUCAAUGUCAUGGAAAACGACAUCAGAGCUAAAGACACAGAAAUCAAGUCCCUCAAUAAACAGUUAACCGAUGCAUUGGCAAGAUGCAAUGGCGAAAAAGAAACAGAACUCGAAAUGGACAUCCAAAACAAACAGAACCAAAUCAAAUCAUUGAAUGAACAAAUUUCGCAAUUACAGAAUCAACUUGAAGGAGCAGCAGCUAUCCAACAAAGAGCAUUAAAGAAGCAAGAGAAUGCUCAUAGAAAGAUGCUCGAAGAACUCAGUCUCCAGCUCACACAAGUUGCUGAAGAAAACGAAAGAAAAUUCCAGAAAUCGAAGAAAAUCAUAAAAGCUUUGAAAACAAAUCAUCAGCUGGAAAUGGAGAAAUGCAAGUCGAAUUACGAAGCUUCUAAGGCAAUGCUGGAACAAUCAAAUGCACAGCUUGCAAAUAAAGCUAAAGAAGCAACAGAAAACACUCAAAAACUAAUCCAAAACUUGGCAGAUUCCGAAAAGGAAAUUCAAAAAUUGUCAAGUGAAAAUGCGAAAUUAUGUGCGACACAGAAAGCUCUUGAAGUCCAAUUAGCAGCAGCAAAGGAUAAAGCUGUAAAAGAGAAACAGAACUCGCAGAACCAGAUAGCUGCACAAGCUUUGGUCAUUGAAUCAAAGAUUCAAGAGAGAGCAAACCAAAUUAAACAGGAAUUCAAUGAGCAGAAGAAAAAUUUGGUAGAUUCUGUAUUGCGGACUAUUGGACAAGUGUAUAGUAUUAAUCAUAAUGUGUUUGAUGAACAGAAUUUGGAUCAAUUGUUGAUUCAAGCUCAAAAGGAUCUUGAAAAAUUCAAAAUGUUCCAAUCAUCGACUCCCACUUGCUGUUUAACAGAUCAUUAA